UUUAGUUGACCUUAAUUGAAACAAGCCCCAUAACACCACAGGCCUGAGCGCACAUCUUGAAAACAGGCCUCAGAUCAUAAUCUACUAUUCUGUAACUUAUCAAGCAUCCCAUUUAUAAGUCCCAUGGUUAUUAAAUCUCAAGAUGAGCAAUGAGCCAGGUCAAGAGUUUCACGCCAGCGCUUCGCUUCGUCGGAAGUCGCAAGCUGAAAAGCUGGUCGAGAAAGAAGGAUGCUUCGGCCUUAGUCUGACUCCCAUCUUUAUGGGAAUAUCGGCCAUAUCAUCCGGGUACAAGGGGUACAUGGUUUCCUUUGCCGUUCGCGAUGCUACGUACCUAAUUGAUUUUGCCAUAAAAAAUGUGACAGCACCAGAAGGCACAAAUAAUCGCGAUUUUCUCGCAGACUACAUUAUCAAGUCAAUCAGAUGGUACGAGCACACAACUUUCGUCAAAGUCGUAGGCGCCGGCCUUCCUCAUGCAUUGCAGACGAUGAGCCCAACGCUCUGCUCUCGUCUUUGGCUGGAACUGGACAUCGUCCCCAUUGUUAUUCAGCAACCUCAUGAGCACACAGAGAGGAUAAGUCUCUGGCUUAGCAAACGAGUGGAUGAACAAGCUGAUUCAAUGGCACGAAAAUGUAUCAUGAAUUUCGGUCCCUCAUUGGCUCCUCUUUUGCAUGUUGCAUGGCGUGGUAUUGUGGAGGUCGAUGCCUCAUUUCAAGCUCCGCUUAUCUCGGUUGAGGAUUAUAAAACGACAUGCAAUUCUUCGACCUGGGAAGCAGUGAUGCAUUAUGCAAAGAAUUUACGAAAGCGUAAGACCAAAAUUGCGUUCUUCAGCAGCACUCCUCAAGGUGGUGGCGUAGCAUUGAUGAGGCACGCGCUCGUGAGAUUCUCUCGCGUAAUAGGAGUAGAUCUCCGUUGGUACGUCCCAAAACCUCAUCCAGGGGUGUUUCGCAUAACCAAGGAUAUCCAUAAUACGCUUCAAGGGGUGAGCCCCGAUGGUAAAUACAUUUCUGCAGAUGAGAAGAAUGCGAUAGUGGAUUGGAUUACCGACAACGGUAAACGGUACUGGUUCUCUGAUGGUGGACCUCUUUGCCGACCAGAUAAAGGCGGCGCCGACAUAAUCAUUAUUGAUGAUCCCCAAAUGCCUUGUCUCAUUCCCCUUAUUAAGAAGCUGACGCCAUCUCGGCCAGUAUUUUACAGAUCGCACAUCCAAAUCCGAACGGACUUGAUCAAAGUCGCUGGCUCUCCUCAGGCAGAUAUUUGGGACUUCCUCUGGCAAAAUAUCAAGGAAGCCGACUUAUUCAUUAGCCACCCAAUUCCUUCUUUUGUGCCCCAUAAUGUGCCCAAAGAGAAGGUGUUGUACAUGCCUGCAACGACCGAUUGGCUCGAUGGCUUAAACAAACCGAUGGAAAUCUGGGAUACUGGAUACUAUGGCCACUUGUACAACGUUAAAUGCCGCUCAGAGCGGAUGACAGAGCUGCAAUGGCCAAGAAGGAGAUAUAUUAUUCAAGUAUCCCGCUUCGAUCCCGCGAAGGGCAUACCGACGGUUGUUGACGCGUACGCCUGCUUUCGAGAGCAGCUUGAAAAGCACGGAGGGGUCGGAAUCCCUCAACUGGUCAUUUGUGGCAACGCAUCUGUUGAUGACCCCGAUGGUGUCGCCAUUUAUGAUCAAGUCAUGACGCAGCUAGAAACACAGUAUCCCCACCUCAUAGGCGAUGUGAGCGUCAUGCGUUUGGAUCCAUGCGAUCAGUUACUGAACUGUCUCAUGGCAAACGCUCACGUUGUCCUUCAGCUUUCCACGUAUGAGGGUUUCGAAGUCAAGGUCUCUGAGGCACUCCAUGCUGGUCGCCCUGUCAUUGCUACCUUUGCUGGCGGGAUACCCCUGCAAGUGAAAGACAAAAUCGACGGAUUUCUUGUCCAGCCAGGCGAUUGGAAGGCAGUCGCUGGCCAUUUGAUGGAAUUAUUUACGGAUCUCAAGUUGCACGAGCGAAUGUCACAAGCUGCAAAAACCGGUGUUUCGUGCGAAGUUGGAACUGUUGGAAAUGCCCUAUCUUGGUAUUACCUAGCUACGAAAUGGGCACAGAAAGGGCCGAAGCUUGAAUUACUUGGGAAUCAACAAUGGGUUAAUGAUAUGGCUCGAAGCGAAGCUGGUCAGCCAUAUGCGGAGGGUGAAAAUCGCUUACCGCGCAGCUUCACUCAGUUAUAAUCGCAAAGUAUACAAGUGAGGUAGAUGGGUGGUUUUUUUUUUUUUUAAGGAAAUGACCUAUCCGCUUAUUCGAACUUUGAAGCCGAUAUUGGAUCCCGUCCGCACAUUCAUCUUUCUCAUGUAAUUCCUUUGAGGUUGAUGUAGAGUGAAGAUGCUACAUCCAUAUGCUCCGUACAUAUAUGUAUGUAUGCAUAAAUCGAUGCAACAUAACCCCC